CAACUUUCAUCGACACAAUCCAGCUCAGCUUGCUGAGAUCGUCAAGUCAGCAAAACCGCAACUCGCAGCAGUGCACGAUGCGGACUGCUGGCCGUGUACCGGCCACUAAUUCUUCAAAAUGCCAGCGGCACCCAUGGUUCGCGCCGGCUUCCUGAAAUGCAGGUGCUUAAGGAUACCCUCCUCGUCUGCUACUCUUCUUCGACCAAUCUCCCAAUUCGCCGCAAGACCCUCAUUACGACAACUGAGUUCUGUAGCGCAAACCGUACCGCUCAAUAAUGUCCGUCCAUUCGAAAACGACAAUGCGCCUCUCAGGCCGCAAUAUCUCACCUCCUAUCUAAGCCCGCAAGAAACUAUCGACAUAUCUGCCAAUCCUGCAGCAGUCAGUGAUGGAACGAAGAGUCGUGCUGUUUCGGACAUGUCACAGUCGAAGCACCGGACUAGUCGACUAGCUGGAAAAAACAUUCAGCAAAAUCGACCGGCAUCGAACAAAUCUAGACCUCGCAAGCGAAUGCCCAAAUCCGAGUCCCUUGAUGCUCCAGAGAAACCUUAUUUUGUCAGAAAGAGGCGUUAUAUGAUCACCAAUAACAGAAUAAAUCACUUUUCCAGGUCUAAUGCGCAGCAUACCGAACAGCUCUCUCCUGUAGACGAAAAAUCACGGGCGGCAUAUAGAGAGUUGCAGAAUUUGCGAGGCAUGCAUUCGCAAUGGGGCUACAUUCGACAUCGGCAUCCUGCUUCUGAGCUCCAGUCUGCCCGGAAAACUUUUACUUUUUGGAAGACCAAGUUUUGGAAAGUCUCGAGACCAGACAAGCCAGAAGUGCCAAAGGUGCCGUGGCCAUGGCGAGACAAUGCAAAGUGGCUCUUUGAACUUAAUGAUGCCCGCAGUAUGCAGCAGGCAUGGAAGAGUCUCGACAUGGAAAGUCGUGGCAAGCAGUGGCCUGUGGUUAUGAUUUCAACGUUGGACCGCUGCCCUGAAAAGGCACAUAUGGUGCUGGAGGCUACUCUGGACCCUUUACCGCCUGGAUAUGCUAUCAACGACGUGCUUCUGUUCAUUGCGCAACGCUUGCACAUUAGCAGUAUUAGGAAUGUUCGUGAGCGAACUAUCAAGGCAGAAGAGAUGCUAGAAAUUGUGGCGAAAAUUCUCGAAGACGCCCCUGCCGGCCAUGUGCCCCUUGGGCAACGAACAGCUGGUCUGCUUGCAAGCAAGCUACCAAGUGACCAGGCUAGUGAGCUCUACAGUAUGUUGCAGAGGGCCAACGUCAAGCUACACCCAAAUACCCAAUUGCAGUUUGCAGGAAAGUUGGCAGGAGAUAUGGCACAUAAAGAUGCAGCGUUUGAAAUUCUAAAGGGGCUGGCCGAAAGCGGAGUUGAUCUCAAUGCACCCAGCCCUUCGAGCACCAUCACUACGCUGUUGCAUUGCCGGAUAACACAUGGCGGCUUGUCAGAAGAAAAGCCGGCCUUUUCACCCAAAGAUGCCCUGGAGUAUUUCAUGGGUAAAGGUUUUGUACCCAACGUCAUCAAUGCUACCGCCUUCCUCGAUUCUCUAUGCCAGCAGGCAGAAGUUGACGAGGCCAUACGACUUGCCUUGCUGUUCUCCGAGUCUGGCGUUCAGCUGGAUACAAAAGCUUGGUCAACCAUCUUCAGAGGUGCCAAAGGGAGCCUCAAGGUAGAGAAUGUGACAAAGAGCCUCGAAGUUGCUAAAGCAGCCAAUGUGCCCUAUGUGGAUGUGCUCAACAACGCGCUUCACGCCGUUUUCUAUUUCGCAGAAAUGGAAUCCCGCGAGAAGGGAUUCUCCGCACCUUGGAUUUAUCCAUUGUUUGGGCCGAUGCUGCGAGCGUACGCCAACAAGUUUGAACUAGAGCCUUUGCAGUGGUGGCUUCCCGACUCUUUGCCUCUGAUCCUAACGCAGACAACGGGCAAUGACGGCGAGAAAUUUGAUAGCAACCGGCCGCGACGGUGGGAGUUUCUUCAUACAAUAGUCCCUCUAACUGAGAAGUUCUUUUCCACUCCAAACGUUGGCCCGAAAAUACAGCCUAAUCCAACGACAAUAGCAAUUAUGCUUAGGGCCUACAUUAAGACUCUGCAGCACCCUUACGAUCUUAUGGCUUUCUAUGUCUUUUUCAAGGCUCGGCUUGAGGAGCAAAAAGACUUUGCCGCUCAGCUCAUCAAAGAUCAAGGCAGUUUGAUACAUGAUACUAUAAUCAUGACUAUGAUGGAAAGGCGUGGAUUAUCGCGGCCUGCGCUGCAAGUUUUCGGAGAUAUGCUAAAAGAUCACGUACAAAGAAGCGUGUCAAAGGCCACAGAGGGAAGCGGUUCGGAGCCAAAUGAUGGCCAAAAUCGCACUACUCCUGUCCAUCCACCUCCAGGUCUAUGCACAUUCAGCAUCCUUGUGCGCGGUCUACUGAACGGUGGUGAUCGAAUUCUAGCAGAACAAGUCAUCCAGGUGAUGAAAGAACAAAACGUCGAACCCAACCUUGUGACGUGGAAUACCCUGACGAAGGGAUACGCGACGAUGCAAAAUAUCAACAAGACGGUAUCUACCUUGCAAGACAUGGAGGCAGCGGGCUUCAAGCCAGACGUAUUUACGUUCAAGGCGUUUGGGAAGCUGAAGAAUCAGGGUCGGGCAUUAGAGAUGAUGGAAGGUAUCAUCGACACGAAUAGACAAAAGAUGGCGGGCGAGGAUCUGUAUGAGUAAUGUGGCAUGUAACUGUACAAUUUUUUCGGCAUUAUCAAUGGAGGCUAAGAGGUGCCUUGGAGUUUUUUGUUGCUUUUCAACGGCGGGAUUGCAAGAUACAAUGGAGUGGAAGGCAAUUGGAAUACCAGUGUGACCAUGACGGCUAUGAAUGAAAAUAUGCUCCAAUCUAUCGAAUAUAGACAAAGAAUUAAACAAGCUAGAGUGUUUAUCAACUUUGAGAUUUAAAAUGUG